CUCACAAUCAUGGCAAUGAGCUCGUCACCGGCGCAACGAAAGGGCGGAACGCACAGCCCAUCCUUCACACGCGUCCAGGGCGAGCGGAAGAAAUGAAAAGGCGCCGAAUACGAUAGGGUCAUACCAUGCCCUCGCACACCACCAAUUCUGUUGCGCUGGUUCGAGAGGAGCGUGCAAGGUUCUCGCCUUUGAGUGCGCACCAAUUUGUCUUCCAAAACACAUCGAUCCGAGCUGGCAGUUCCUCUCACCCCAACCCCACAGUCUACGCCACCUCACCACAAGCCUGCCCUUCGAUCCGCAUUGUAAUGCACGCCGUCUUGUGGUCGAUCCUUUGCGUGGUUCAACUCGUCCUCAGGACCGCAGCGGACCACUACACUUGCGACUGGCAGGGUCCUGGCCUGCUCUCUCCCGAAUCGUACGGCACAUACCAACUGUUCUGCCGGGCGCCCAAGAUCGAGAUCAACAGCACUCACGCUCAGUACAUUUGUCCCUCUCCCAUCGUCCUCUACGCUCUUGCAGCCGACUAUGGUUUCCUGGCUCCUGGCAAGCUUGAGUUCUCGACGCCCUGCGGGGGUGGGGGCUACGGGACUAAUUUCGACUGCAGCUAUCACACUUGGGCCCUCUGUGAUGCGCCCGCAGGCAAGGAUAAUGACCCUUCGACCUUUAAUUGUCGCUAUAUGGGUCGUAUGGAUGAUUGUGAAUGGCCCAUCACCUAUGCAAACUCGGCCAAUGCGCCCAAGAGCGUGGAUAUCUGGAGGAAGAAGGAGGGAGGGCCGUGAGAUGUGCGCGCUCAGACGUGAGGCAGAAUUGACUUCUGAUUGACUCUAGGCAGGCAGUAUCUGCGCGAGUGAAAUGGGACGCUCGCUUUAACAAAAAG